AAUCAGUACUGUCGCCACACGAAACGGAGAGCAGUAAAGCGCACCGAAUCCGGUGCUAGUCUCAAACAGCACCUCCAUUGAACCAGUUGGAGCACUCGAUAUGAAAAACCAAUCAGUGCCAGUGCCUCGUACUACUCCAGGAGACACCGUUGCAGGAGUACAUGAGCAGCCGGGCUCCAAACCGAUGGCUCCUUCCGGCCGGUUCCCUGCACUUCUCGGAAGGUCAUGUCAUCCAUGGCAAAACGCCAGUUCAGCUACCAUUAAAGAAGAAGAGAGAGAAAGCGUAUCAGGCAGGCCGCCUACAUAUACCAGUCCCCCGCGCUCACACUUCCCACUCCUCGCCGUCACAGGAAACCUUCCCUUCUUCCCCUCCCAGCUACCCCGCCCGGCGCCCGCUCACCUCUCUUGCCUUGGCACAGGGGGAUGAAGCGCCCGACCGUGCUGUGCGCGGCCGUCCUGGUGGUCGUGCUCCUGGCGGCCUGCACAGCCGCGGCGGCAGCGGCGAUUACCAUCUCGCGGAAGCACCAGCACCGGGCGUCGGCGGCCCGGUCCUGCGACGUGUUCGCCGCUGGCAGCUGGGUGGUGGACGAGUCGUACCCGCUCUACGACUCGGCGCGCUGCCCCUUCAUCCGCGACGAGUUCAACUGCCGCAAGUUCGGCCGCCCCGACAAGGCGUACCUCAAGUACCGGUGGCAGCCCGACCCGCCGUGCUCCCAGCCCAGGUUCGACGGGGUGGCGCUGCUGAGAAUGUGGAGCGGGAAGAAGGUGAUGUUCGUGGGCGACUCGCUGGCGCUGAACCAGUACGAGUCGCUGCUCUGCAUGCUCCACGCCGCCGCGCCCAGCGCUCGCAUCACCGUCUCGCCGGCGUCCGGGAGGAUCGACCCCUCCACCACCGCCCGGUUCGAGGACUACAACGUGACGCUGGUCUACUACCUGACGCACUACCUGGUCGACCUCGUCGACGAGAAGGCUGGGCGCAUCCUCAAGCUCGAUGUCAUCGACCAAGGUCGCAACUGGCUCGGCGCCGACGUGCUCGUCUUCGACUCCUGGCACUGGUGGCCGCGCACCGGCCCGACGCAGCCGUGGGACUACAUCCAGGUGGGCAACACGGUAAUGAAGGACAUGGACCGGACGCAGGCCUUCACCACGGCGCUGCACACCUGGGCCGGGUGGGUCGAUGCCAACCUCGUCCAGACCAGCACCAAAGUCUUUUUCCAGGGCAUCUCGCCCUCUCACUACAAGGGCCAGGAGUGGGGCGCGUCGCCGAAGAAGACGUGCAUGGGGGAGACGCAGCCGCUGAACGGCACGGCGGCGUACCCCGGGGGGCCGAUCCCGCAGCAGGCGAUCCUGAGGAGCGUCUUGGCCGGGAUGGCGAAGCCGGUGUACCUGCUGGACUUCACCUACAUGGCGCAGCUGAGGAAGGACGCGCACCCCACCAAGUACGACGGUGGCAUCUUCGAGGGGGACUGCACCCACUGGUGCGUCGCCGGACUACCGGACACCUGGAACGUCCUCUUCUACGCCGCACUCACCGGCCAGUACUGAUCACAGUAUUAAGCUAGUGUGUAGUUCAAUAAGUAAAGGAAAAGAUAGCAGAUUGAUUUAGUUUAUAGGGGCCAAAGGAUUUUUUUCCCAACCCAAACGAUAGAAGAACACCAAAAAGCUUCGUGGUUCUUUCUUUCUCCGAAAUGGAGAUGCAAAAUACUGUAGCUGGCAUUGGGGAUAUGGGCGUGAUUUGUGAGUGAAGAUUUAUACAAAGGAAAUACAUCCUUUUGGCACUUUAUUUUUUUAAUAGAACAAAACAAAAGACACUAUACCUA